AUGUCCAACCCCAAAGAAGUCGACCCUAUGUCGGUCAUCUCCCCGAUUGAUGGAACCGAGGAUAAUUCCAGCGACAAGCGCAUGUCACACGACAAGGAAAAGACCGCGGGCGCCGACGCUCACGCGGCGGAAGACGAGCACGAUGUGAACAAGGACGUCGAGCUUCAGCAUGGCGUUGCAAAGAUCCAGGCCAUCACCAAGGCUUGGACCACCAAGUACCUAAUCCUGACUUAUGUGCUGAUCUACCUCUCUUCGUACUGCCACUCGAUGCAACAAAACAUGAACUCCAACCUCGGGCCCUAUGUCACUUCGGCGUUCUCGCGCCACGGACUCCUUGCCACCGUGGGUAUAGUAGCACGACUCAGCUCCGGCAUUGCGCAGAUUCCCAUGGCCAAGAUAGGAGACAUCUGGGGCCGCAUGGAGAUUUACAUUCUGGUGCACGGCCUCACUUCCUUCGGCCUCAUGCUCAUGGCCGUCUCCAACAGCAUCGAGACGUACGCGGCAGCCAACGUCUUCUGGUCGGUCGGCAGCGUCGGGGUCGGGUUCAUCCACACGGUCCUCAUCUCGGACCUGACGUCGCUGAGGAACCGCAUGAUCAUCUACACGCUCAACUCGACCGCGUACAUCGGCAACGCGUUCGCAGGCCCCAUCGUCGCCGAGCUCUUCCUCAAAAAGAGCGACUUCCGCUGGGCGUUUGGUGCUUUCGCCAUCAUAUUCCCCUUCUUUGGCGCCUCCAUCUGCGUCGUGCUUUGGCUGAACCUCCGCAGGGCCAAGAGACAGGGGCUCGUCCCGGCGCGGCCGAGCAGCGGCAGGUCCACGGUGCAGUCUGUUGUUUUCUACCUGAACGAGUUUGACGUCGUUGGGAUGAUGCUCCUCUGCGGAGGUUUUUCCAUCUUUCUUUUGCCAUUCAGCAUCGUUUCCUACAGCCCGUACGGAUGGAAGUCGGCAUAUAUCAUUUUCAUGAUCAUCUUUGGGCCUUUACUCGUGUGUGCCUUUGUUUGGUGGGAGAAGACCUUUGCAGUUACACCUUUGGUCCCGUGGAGGAGUCUCAAAGACCGGACCAUAUUGGGAGCUGCACUCACUGCGGGUAUUAUUUCUGCGAGUGCUGGGCAAGUGGUGCAUCAACAAUCAGUUUCUCAGGCCGGGUUCAUCUCCAACAUCUACACCAUUGCCUCUUGUACCUGGGGCCCUAUCGUCGGCUACCUCAUCCGCGUCACCCACCACUACAAGUGGAUCGCCAUGUCCGCCGUGCCCGUGGCCGUCCUCGCGACGGGGCUGCUCAUCCACUUCCGCACGCCCGACACGUACAUCGGCUACGUCAUCAUGUGCCAGGUGCUCAAGGCGUGCGCCAACGGCACCAUCAUCAUCUGCGAGCAGCUGGCCGUCACGUCGGUGGUGUCGCACAACCAGGUGGCCGUCAUGCUGGCCCUGAUCGGGCUCGCCACCUCGGUCGGCUCCUCCAUCGGCCGCGCCAUCUCGGGCGGCAUCUGGACCAACCAGCUCCUGCCGCUGCUGACCGAGAUGCUGCCGCAGGACCAAAAGGCCAACGCGACCGUCAUCUACGGCUCCCUGCCCGUGCAGCUGUCGUAUCCGUUUGGGAGCCCGACGAGGAGCGCCAUCGUCGCUGCCUAUGGCGACGUGCAGAGGAAGAUGGUCAUUGCCGGGGCUUGCUUGAUGCCCCUCGCUCUGGCGGCGGUGUUUUUGUGGAGGAACGUCAAUGUCAAAAAGACCAAGCAGACGGCUGGCCAGCGCGCGGCAACUUCUCAAAAGGCCCUAGCACGUCUCAAACCCCGUCCUCUGACCGGGAAAAGAGAUCAACCGGAGCCGGGGACCGGAGCGUGGCUAACGCACAGCCACGGGCCGCCCACGUCUCCGGAAAACGCCAAAUACCGAAGCUGGCGGUCCAGUCGCUCCGGGGAGGUGCUUUGGGUCCGCGGCGAUUCAGCCACCUUCAGUACGGAGGACACGCAUACCAUAUUGAACCUGGUAAAUCAGGACGGGCUUGAAUUGUGCCCAAAGGACCAGCUACCCGGUGAAAACACAUGGCAGGCCUUGAAGAGUCUGAUCCGCCGCCAAACCUCGUGCUUCCUCGUGAUCGAUGCGCUGGACGAGUGCACUUUAUCUCCAGCAGACAAGGACAGAGCGGUUCCGGGAGCAGACCUGAUGCGGAGACUAACAGAGCUGACGGAGCGAACGAGACUCAAACUGGCCUGCUUCUCGCGCGACGAAGCAUGCCUCAAAGCGAUCAUGCAAAACGCCGCGUGCAUAACACUCAGGGCAGACUUGGUCAUGUCCGACGUCCUGACCGUCUUUCUGAGGGAAUACGAUCGCGACCCGGCGCUUCCCCCGGGCUCCAGGGAGAGGGCCAAGAAGCGCGUGCUGAAAACGGCAGACGGCUCGUUUCAGUGGACCAGAGUGCUGACCCAAUACGCAAAGAGCGUGGACGACGUCGAGGCCAUCGACAUGCGGCUGGAGGUCUGUCCGCCGGCGCUGCACGACGCGUACGAGAGGAUGUUGCUGGAGACCUCGAGGCUCGGCGGGUUCGGCGAGGAGGAGACGCAGCUACGCAGCGCCAUUUUCGCCUUUCUCCUGGCGGCUCAAGCCCCGGCGACCCCGGCGAUGCUGGUGGAUGCUCUGGGGAUCCCCGCGCGCGACGCAGCGGCCUGGAUUGGGCGGCUCUGCAGGCCGUUGGUGUACGUGUCUGAAUCUCGGGUCGAGCUUCGUCACGCUUCGGCUAGAGACUUUCUGCUCGGGUCGCACGCCCGCGUGUCGGAUACCUUGCCGCCUGUCACGCUGGCCGAGUGCGACGAGCUCCUCGCUCGGAAAUGCUUGGAGCGGCUCCUGCGAGACAAGCGCGAGCAUGCGCCGUGCCGUGGAGUGGAAGCAUGUGCGCAGAGGCAAGCGGUCGAUCAGAAUGAUCGAGCGCGCUUGUCGAACCCCGAACAUAACCAGAACGACUUUUACAAUUAUGCUGCAGAAUACUGCAUCACUCAUUUGGUGGCUACUCCUGAGCCAGCUGGAGAUCUUUUGGAGCUCGCCUCUGCCUUUCUUAGCAGUCUUGAGCACAGCCAGUGGGAUGGUUAUCUGGAGGAAAAAGGCCACGGUCAUAUUAGGCUGAAGAAGGCGCGUGAUCAAUUGAAGUCGGUCGAGGGGUUGAAU